CGCCGCACACGCCGCUGUAGGCGCGCGUACCGAUGCACCGUUGCAUAACUGAGCCCCCAACCCGUUCCACGGUUCGAUCAAAUUGCACCUGUACCCGGAAAAUAAAGGUGCACGGGCAAUUAACUCGAUCAGCAGCAGGCACCCAAAUUGCCGUGAAGCGCGGGACGUACGCGCCCAGCAAUUAGCUGGCAGCUGCCCGACACGCGUGCACCAAUUGGCGCGAUAAGCGGCUCGCAAAAAGUUCCCAAAUAAACUGGAACUGAUGCACCUGUAAUCUGUCGAGUGCGAGAGCCGGUCAGGGUGAGCGGACCGUGACCGCUGCUGACGACAUGAUCAUGCUGUUCAAGGGGAACAGCAGCAGGCUGGAGCAUCUGAUUGAGAAAAUUCAAGCUAACAAGGAGAAUCACGACGUAAUCGCAGACGAUAUAAAAGAGUUUAAUCCAACAAACCUGAUUGUAUUGGUAGUGGCACGGGGCUACUGUCUUUGGGGCUACUGUCUUUGA